AGUAAGCAGCCUGCACUUACCUUCUGUUGAAGUGCUAACAAGAUGUUUCUGGCAGGGAGCUGCACUCUUUGCAGAAAGGCAAACAUGUGCGUGGAAAGCCAAGCGUAGCUGCCUAGGAGCUGGCAGCGCGCAGCUGCCUCUCUUCACCAAGGCUGUGUUCACUGACGGGCUGGGAUGGAGAACUUCAGCAGCAUCUUCAAACAAAAAGCCACCGAGCAGCAUCACCGAGCUGAGGUUAUGAUCGCGGGGGAACAGCUCAGGCUUCGUCUUCAUGAUGGCAAGCUUAUAAAGGACCGCCGCUAUCACCUUCGCACCUACCCAAAUUGCUUUGUGGCCAAGGAGCUCAUCGACUGGUUGAUUGACCACAAGGAAGCCCCAGACCGUGAGACAGGCAUCCGGCUGAUGCAGAAGCUCAUGGACCAUGACAUUAUCCACCACGUGUGCGAUGAGCAUUUGGACUACAAGGACGCUAAGCUGCUGUAUCGGUUCCGCAAGGAUGAUGGGACCUUCCCUCUCAACAAGGAAGUCAAGGUGUUCCUGAGAGGGCAAAGCCUCUACGAGACGCUGAUCAGCAUGGACAACUCCAUUCUGAAAGUCAGAGAAGAGAACCUGGUAAAAUACCAGAGGGCUUUUCUGGGCUGUGAGAUGGUUGACUGGCUGGUUGAGGAAGGGGAGGUUGCAAACCGGAAGGAGGCUACAGAACUCUGCCAAACUCUCCUUGAACAUGGGAUCAUCCAACAUGCCUCCGCCCAGCACCACUUUCAUGACCGGGACCUCCUCUACCAGUUUCGCAUCAACUUCCGCCGGAGGAGGCGGCUCACAGAACUGCUCAGCGAAAAUUCGCAGAGGACUCUUUCGGACAGCCCGGACAGCCCAUUCUGUCUCCGCAAGCUCAACCCUGAGCAAAAUCCCUCCAGUUUCUUGUCAGUCCAACCUAAUAAGGAAAUCAAAAUUGUCUCAGCUGUCCGAAGAAGUAGUGUCACCUCGCUUGCUGGAGGAUCCAGUCCCUAUUACAACCUCUCCCCAAACUUGGGACUUGUGCCUGCUGUUGAGUGCAACCCUAAAUCUGUCUUGAAGAGGCCUGUCACCAAUGAAGAGCUUUUGACUCCUGGGGCACCAUAUAUCAAGAAAACACUGACAAUUGUAGGGGAUGCAGUUGGUUGGGGUUUUGUGGUCCGUGGGGGUCAGCCGUGCCACAUCCAGGCUGUAGAUCCAGGAGGACCAGCUGCUGCUGCUGGCAUGAAGGUCUGCCAAUUUGUGUACUCUGUGAAUGGCAUGUAUGUUUUACAUUUGGAUUAUCAGACUGUGAGCAACCUCAUUGUGACAGGACCUCGGACCCUUGUGCUCGAAGUCAUGGAAGAAGACGAAUGAGGAUCACGUGCUCCACAUCUCCACAACACCUUGAGAUCAGGGCCCAGUUUGUUAGCUGUGGGUGAAGCAAUGUAUGUCCCCCAACCCUAAAAAGCAUGGGGAGUUUUUUUCUUAUGCCUACUAUCUAAGGCAGUGUUUAUCAAUCUUAGCAAUUUUAAGAUGUGUGGUUUCUUCACAUGCCUGAGAGAGAGAGAGAGACCUCAUGAAUGUCAUUUCAAUCAUUAUUUUUGUAAAGAUGUGGAGAAUCUAAGUGCUUCUCCUGUACCAUUCUGACUCCAGAAAAAUCAUUGCCCUAAAUCAUUACUAAUUCUCUGAUUUAUUACUCUAUUUAUGAAACCCUUUUGCCCCACCAGUCUUGAGAAGUUGAUAGGAAUUUGGACAAAUGUACCAUUCUGUACCAUUUCAAUCCAUGGGCCAUUUUCCACUGGCAGAGCGUAGUUUCGAAACAGAAUCAGAAGAAACUUGACUUCCUGGCGAGAUAGAAAAUAUUGUCCUCCAUGCCUUCAGGAUCCAAUUCUGUAUUUCAUGUCUGAACAUUGGCUUGUCUUUCAACUGCCUUCCAAGAGCCAAGGAUAGACUUUAAAAGCACUUUGUAAUGUGAUAUUUCUUUACAGCACUUCAAGAUCACAGAACAACAUGCACAAGUGUUGAUGACAUGAUUGUUAUUUGAAAUCAAGACACCAGUUCCAGGGGCAUAAUAAAUUUGGAGAGAGGCGGUGUGGGGUAGGAAAUGGUGACAUGCAAAUUCAAUAUUGUAAAAUGAGCCGUUUUUCCCAUUAUAAUUUUUCAGUUUAUUCUCUAACAUACCUGUGGGAAAUCUACAGCCCUUCCGGAUGUUGCUGAGGUUUAAUUAUUUGCAAAUUAUCUCAACUGUCCAUUUCAGGUUUUCUCAAUUUAUCAUUUUCACAAAUAUGCUAAGUUUGGUUCUUUAAAUGAAGAUUUUUUUCCCCAAUUCUGCACUAAAAUUUGUACCUGUUUUGUGCACCUUUGGCUCAAUAUAUGCAUUUGGUUUGCAAUUUUGCCCAGUGGGCAUAAUUUCUACAAAACAUUGCCCUUAAUAUAAAUAUUUUUUGUACAUUAUUAUUAUGACUGAAUGAAUUUGAUAUAGACGUUUUCCUAAGCUAUUUUUUAAAAAUGUUGGUGAACUGCAU